AUGGAGCCAGGGGCUCGCCCAUCCCAGCCCAGAGGGGACCCGUCAGCACCCAAGCCCGACGCAGCGUACUGUCAGCUCCGGGACUACAGGCCACUGCUGCCUGGGCUGCACCCUGAGGAGCCGUCCCAUAUCUUUCUUCAGGUUCAGCCCAACACAAACGCCAUGCCCCUGGGUCAGAGGGGUGAGCUCUGGGAGCUGGAGGAAGACCCAGGCCCGGCCCAGGGCCUGGUGGAGGUACAGCUGUCCGGGGCUGGGGAGGAGGAGGCCCCAUGCGCCCCCUCCUCCUCCUCCACCUCUGCCUCCUCCCAGUCCACUGCCCCAUCUGUCUCCUGCUCUGCCCUGUUUCUGGUCCCCUCGGGGGAGGGGUCUGCUGCUGGGUUCCAGAGUCCUCCCCAGAGCUCUGUAAGUGCCCGCCCCUCCCCCAGUGCCGGGGCAGCCACUCCCUGGAGCCUGUCUGAAGAUAGCUCCCCCUCAUCCAACGAGGAAGAGCCCGGCCCUGGGCUAGAGCCCGGAGUGGCCCAGCCCCUGGUGCAAACUACACUCCACUUGAAGGCAGUCCACCUGGUGGCCUUCCUGCUCCUCAAGUAUCGCACCCAGCAGCCGACCAGCCAGGCAGAGAUGCUGGAGAUCGUCGGCGAGGAUGACCAGGACGCCUACCCCGUUCUCUUCGGCCAAGCCUCCAAGUGCAUGCAGCUGGUCUUUGGCGUGGAUGUGAAGGAAGUGGACCCCGGCGACCACUCCUACAUCCUGGUCCCCGUCCUGGGCCUCACCUGGGAUGGGAUGCUGAGCGGUGGGCAGGGCUUGCCCAAGACCAGCCUCCUAGUGCUGGUCCUGGCGCUGAUCCUCCUGGAGGACGACCAUGCCCUUGAGGAGGAGGUGUGGGAAGAGCUGGGGGCCAUGGGGGUGUAUGCCGGCCAGGAGCACAUCAUCUAUGGGGAGCCCAGGGAGCUCCUCACCAAUGUCUGGGUGCAGGAAGGGUACGUGGAGUACCGGCAGGUGCCCGGCAGCGACCCUGCCCGCUACGAGUUCCUGUGGGGUCCCAGGGCCCACGCCGAGACCAGCAGGUUGCAAAUGACGGAGUAUUUCCUCCAGCUCGAUGUCGAGGAGCCGGCUUCCUCCCUGGCCGUGUCUGAAGGGGCUGUGAGAGAUGAGGAAGACGGGGCCUGA